AAGGAAUAAUGGAGUACAAAAGACGAUCCGAAUCAUCAGUGACCCGGUUACUGACGGGCUUGAUUGUUCUAUUCAUACGCGCGAGUGAAGGGGAUAUAAACUAUUCGGUGCCAGAGGAGACAAAUGUUGGAUAUGUCAUCGGAAAUAUUGCUAAGGAUCUCGGAAUAAACGCAAAAAUCCUGUCAACACGCAAAGCGCGAUUAGAUGUCGAUGAUGAUGGAAAAGUUUACUGUGAUGUCAGUUUAAGCUCCGGUGAUCUAGUUGUUGCAGAGAGAAUAGACAGAGAGCAAAUAUGUGGACCAAAGACCGUUUGUCCUCUGAAAUAUGAAAUGAUUCUUGAAAAUCCCCUAGAACUGCAUGUUAUUGUAGUGCACAUUCAGGAUAUAAAUGAUAAUUCUCCGACAUUUGCUAGCGAUGUUAUAAAAUUUGAAAUUCGAGAGUCAGCAAACAAAGGCGCUCGUUUUACAAUCAGUGGUGCCCAUGAUGAAGACGUCGGUUUAAACGGGGUCCAAAGCUAUUCGUUGCAAAAUAAUGAACACUUUACUUUUGAUGUCCACGCCAGACCGGGUGGAGGGAAGUAUGGUGAAUUGGUUUUAAGCAAGGAGCUAGAUCGUGAACAGCAGCAGAAAAUGUCAUUGAUACUCACCGCCACCGAUGGCGGAAGGCCACAGAGAUCAGGGACUACAGUCAUUGAAGUUACAAUACUGGAUGCGAACGACAACGCACCAGUAUUUACUCAGCAAAUAUAUAAAGUAAAUGUACCUGAAAAUGCUGAUUUAGGAACUGUUCUAGCUACUGUGACAGCCACAGACGCUGAUGAAGGGGCAAACGGUCAGUUAACCUAUGAAUUCGGGCACACAUCUGAAGAGCUAAACAAAUUAUUCAAACUAAAUAAGAACAGCGGGGAUAUUAUUUUGGUUGGUCAGAUGGACUUCGAGAAGGAAUCGCUCUAUGAACUCAGCAUACAGGCUAAAGAUGGAUCCGGUCUAGCUUCAUUCGCUAGCGUUAUCGUCAAAGUGAAUGACGUGAAUGACAACGCGCCAGUUAUAUUUCUCAAAUCUUUACAGAAUCCAGUUCCUGAAAAUUCAAGGCCAGGUACGGAGGUUGGCGUAAUUAAUAUUCAGGAUAAAGAUACAGGACUAAAUAAACAAAUUAGGUGUUCUAUUCAGCAAAAUACCCCAUUUCAAUUAAUUCCAUCAAUUAAAAAUUACUAUUCUAUUGUUACUAAUGGAGAACUUGACCGGGAACUAGUGGCACAAUACAACAUAACAGUAACAGCCACUGAUGAAGGUAUGCCUCCAUUGUCUUCUUCCAAGGUCAUUCAUUUAUUUGUUUCAGAUAUCAACGACAACCCGCCUGUAUUUGAAGAUACAUUAUACAGAGCAUAUGUGACAGAGAAUACCAAAUCAGGUACCUCUAUCUGUUCUGUUAGUGCGAGAGAUCCAGACUGGAGGCAGAAUGGUACAGUACUGUAUUCUCUGGUGUCCAGUGAAGUCAACGGUGCUGCAGUGUCCUCAUUUAUAUCCAUUAAUGCAGACACAGGAGUGAUCCAUGCUGUGAGGUCAUUUGACUAUGAGCAGUUCAGAAACUUCAAAGUUCAGGUUGUAGCCAGAGACAAUGGCUCUCCUCCACUCAGCAGCAAUGUGACUGUGAGUGUGUUCAUAACAGAUGAGAAUGAUAACUCUCCACAGAUAUUAUACCCUGCUCCAGAGGGAAAGUCUUUAAUGACUGAGAUGGUACCUAAAGCUGCUCUGUCAGGCUCUCUGGUCUCCAAGGUGAUUGCUGUAGAUGCUGACUCUGGACAGAAUGCAUGGUUGUCAUAUCAGAUUUUGAAAUCUACUGAUCCGAGACUUUUCACCAUUGGUCUCCAUAGUGGAGAGAUCAGGGCACUGAGGGACAUUACUGAAUCUGACAGCAUGAAGCAGAACCUCGUUAUCUCAGUGAAAGAUAAUGGACAACCUCCUCUCUCUGCUACUUGUUCUAUGUAUUUACUUAUUUCGGAUAACCUUGCUGAAGUUCCAGAACUUAAAGACAUGACUUAUGAGGAGAGCAACUCCAAACUAACAUCAUAUUUGAUCAUCGCACUCGUUUCUGUGUCCACCUUCUUUCUGACUUUCAUUAUUCUGAUCCUGGCUGUGAGGUUUUGUCACAGGAGAAAGCCCAGACUGUUGUUUGAUGGAGCAGUCGCCAUUCCCAGCGCGUAUCUCCCUCCCAACUAUGCAGAGGUGGAGGGAGCUGGAACUCUCCGCAGUUCUUACAAUUAUGACACGUAUCUAACAACAGGCUCACGCACCAGUGACUUCAAAUUUGUUGGGUCUCAUAAUGAAAAUACACUGUCUUAUAGUCAGACGCUGAAGAAAAUUCCAAAUGAUUAUCUUGAAGAAAACGUCAUUACAUUAAAUAGAACAUCAGAAACAGAUGAGGUAAGCCUGCCUUUUCCCUUGACUAAAAUUGUUAUGUUAUUUCCAAUGUAG